AUGGAUAAAAAAGUUGGGGCAAUAUUGUUUAUAACAACAUUUGGGUUAUGUGAAAUAAUUAAUAUUGUCAAUUCAUCAGAUAUUUUAGAUAAAACAUCAAAAUCAUCUGAUAAUGUUUAUCAUGGCAGAUAUACACGUGAUGUAAAAAGUCCAGAGUUAUUGGUACCAAGAAUAGUUAAUAAAGAUGGAAGUUUUAGCACAUUUUUAUUAUCAAAUUUUUAUGAUCGUGUUGAAGUUAACGAGAGACGUAAAAGAUCUGAAAAUCCAGAUAUUGAUAAGUUACAUAUUGUGUUGCCAUUUGAGAGUAUUGAUCAUCAUGUUGAGCUAACACCAUAUCAUGAUUUUAUAUCACCGGAAAUGGUUAUUGAAACAAGGGGAGAUGGUGAUGAUUUGAAUGAACGACUGAGAUUUAAGAGAGUUUCUGAUCAACAGUGUCAUUAUCGAGGAUUUGUAAGGGAUCAUGAUAAUUCCAAAGCUGUACUAUCACUAUGUGAUGGUGUGGCUGGAUUUAUUCAUACAAAUAAUGGGCGUUACUUUAUUGAGCCAAUGAGUGAAUCAAGUCCAGGAAGAGAUGGUCGGCAUAUUCAUAUGGUCUACAAACGUCGAGCACCACAUGAAAAAGAAGAUCUUAAAAGUCGAUGUGGUACUGGAGAUAAUUGGGAAUCAGCAUGGGCGGAGCAACUUGCUGAAAGAGAACGUCGAUUGAUUGAGAAUACUGAUUUAACAACAUUAAAACGUGAAGAUGAUGCUAAAAUAUCAUCUUUUACACACAGUAUUCAUCGAUUUAUUGAAAUUGGUCUUGUUGCUGAUAAAAAAUUUCUUGAUUAUCAUAAAAAUAAUGAUUAUGAAAAAUAUUUAUUAACAAUAAUGAAUAUUGUUUCUGAUUUAUAUCAUGAUAAUUCAGUUGGUAAUCAAAUUGACAUUGUUGUUGUUAGAAUUAUUUAUUUAGAAAAAGAAGAAAAAGAGAUGGAUUUGUCAAUUAGUCCUAACUCAGACGCAACACUUGAUAGUUUUGCAAGUUGGGCAUUCAAAAUGAAUCCUCCUGAUCAUAAUCAUCCAAAUCAUUUUGAUAUUGCUGUUCUUGUCACAAGGCAUGACAUUUGUUCGAAAGGUUCAGGUUGUACUUUAUUAGGUCUUGCAUUUAUGGCAACAGCAUGUAAUCCAAAAGAAGCAGCAGCAAUAAAUGAAGAUAAUGGUCUUAUUCUUGGUGUUGUAAUUGCUCAUGAAGUUGGUCACGUAAUGGGUUGCCCACAUGAUGAAGCUGCAAUAAGUGGUUGUCCUCCUCAAUUGCAAGAUGAAAGUUUUCACGUAAUGUCUCCAAUUGUUAACGUUUAUACAUUUCAAUGGUCAACUUGUAGCAAAGGAUUCAUAAAAACUUUACUUGAAAGUGGCCUGGGUGAAUGUCUCAAUGAUGAUCCAAGAAAUCCACCAGAAAAAUUUAAAUAUCCUAGUAUGUUACCUGGGGCAAUGUACGAUGCUGAUUUUCAAUGUGAUCUUGCUCAUCCUGGAAAAAAACUUUGCUCUGGAGAAGUUAAUUGUGCUUCACUUUGGUGUCAAGAUGGUAAAAAAUGUGUAACUAACAAUUCACCACCAGCAGAAGGUACAAAAUGUGCUGAAAAUAAAUGGUGUAUAAAAAAACAAUGUGUUCAAAUGGGAUCUCGUCCACAAGCUAUCAAUGGUGGUUGGAGUGAAUGGGGAAAAGUUGGAGCUUGUUCUACUACCUGUGGUGGCGGUAUUAAAUUCGCUGAACGAGAAUGUAACAAUCCAGCACCAUUAAAUGGUGGAAAAUUUUGUGUGGGUGAAAGAAAACGUUUGGAAACUUGCAAUACUACGCCCUGUGAUCCAAGUAAACCAAAUUUUCGAGCUGUUCAGUGUUCAAAAUUUGACUCUCAAUAUGUUUUGAAGGAUAAACUUCUUCACACAUGGGCACCAAUAUAUCGCAAAGAUUUAGAUCCAUGUUCAUUAUAUUGUGUGAAUGAAAAAAAUGUAUUUGUUAAAUUAGAAAAUAUUGCAAAAGACUCAACGCCUUGCAAGGCUGGAACAAAUUAUAUGUGCAUUAGUGGAGCAUGCAGGAAAGUUGGCUGUGAUUGGGUAAUUGAUUCUGAUGCAAUUCCUGACAAGUGUGGAGUUUGCAAUGGUGAUGGUACUCAUUGCAGGCCAAUUAAUGGUGAAUAUGAUGAAAAACCACACGAAGCUUAUACUAAGAUUGUGACAAUACCCAUGGGAGCACGUCAUAUAUUCGUCACUGAGAAGAUCCCAUCAGAAAAUUCUUUCGCAAUUAAAUUAGAAAAAAGUGGUACUUAUUGUCUCAAUGCAAAUUUCCAUGAAGAAGUACCUGGUGAAUAUCCUUGUGCUGGAGCAACGUUAAUGUACAGUAAACCACAAGAUCCAAGAGAAGAAAUUAGCAUUAAAGAACCCAUCAAUGAAAGCAUUGUACUUGAGUAUGUUUUUUUUAAUCCCAAUGAUAAUCCUGGUAUAAAGUAUCAAUAUUAUGUUAUGAAUAAUGGUAAGUCAAAUUAUACUCCAAAGUAUUCAUGGGAAUUUACCGAAUGGACACCCUGUGAUGUAAAAUGCGGAGGUGGAACAAUGGUCUCCGAGGCCACCUGCAUUGAGCAGCAAAAUGGAGUUGUCUCGCCAAGUUUCUGUCAAGAUAUACCCAAGCUGGAGACCAAGACACGCAUAUGUAAUGAGAAUCCGUGUCCAGCCAAAUGGCGAGUAAGCAAGUGGAGUAAAUGUAAUUCAUGUGACAAUAAAAAUGGUAUACGUCGUCGUAAAGUACACUGUGUUAAACCAGCAGCUCGACCAGGUGGUGAAGAUGUCCAAACUGAUUUUAAAUCAUGUACUGGUACAGUACCAUCACAAGAAGAAACUUGUAUUGGUACUGAGCCCUGUAAAAAAACAUGUUCAAAAAGAUCAGAUCAUAUUGAAGCUUCACCAGAUGAAGAUAAAUUAAAUAAAUUCAUUGAUCUUGGUAUUAUAAAUUACUAUGAAAAUAAAAAUGAAGAUAAUAAUGCUGGUGAUGGUGAUUCAAGUAUAGAUAUAUCUGAUAAUUUAAAUCUUGAAAAUGAUAUACAAAAUAUAAUUCAUAAUCUUAUUUUUCAUAAUGGAAAAACUUGUAAUAAAAAUAAAAUAAGAUCAAUGAAUAAUAUUGAAGGUAAAAAAUUCACAACACCAAAACCAGGAACAAUUGUUAAAGAUACAGUGUCAAAUAAUGAUGCUGUUCUUCUUGAAAUUCCAAUGGAAAAAAAUUCAAUAAUAUCAAAUCUGUCGGAUAAUGCAUUUCGUGAAAGUGGCGAUUCUGUUCCACUUCAAAUUGAUACUAAUAGAGAAAAAAUUUAUACUGGUGAUGAAGCAGCUAAAAAAAUUGAUAUUAUGGCUCAUCCAGUUAUUACUACUACCCCUGAAUCAGAUGAUGACGAUGAUGAUGAUGAUGACGAUUAAGUUUAAAUUGAAUCAAUCAAUUAUUUAUUAAUAUUGUUUAACGUAUUUUUAAUAUCAAAGUUUCAUUUAAUGUUUUUUUAUUAUUAAUGUUUGGUAAAUAUAUAUUUACAUUGUUAUUGAACAAAAAAGAAAAAUAUUCAAGUAUUUUCUACUGAUGUCUCGGCU